AUGUUCUCGACAGUCGCAGCGGCGCCUGGCGCUACAGUAGUUGCCUCCAGCGCAUUGCGGAGCGCAGGCCUCAUUGAUCGCGACGCACGAAUGAAAGACGCAACGGACAAACCUGGAGGACGAAAGGGUAUAUCAAAGAUACGCUCGCACAGACCUCGACUUGUGGAUUCAUUGAAGGAGCAGCCAUCGAGCAGCCGCACGCACCCUGCAAGAUCGAAUCCGAUAUCGAUACGUGGAGCAGCCGACAGACCCACCAUUGCUGGCCGUCUCCGACGUAACGCUGUAUCAUCAUCAUCUGCUGAUUCACGACCCAUCAAGGCGACUAUCGUGCAUCGCACUCAGACGAAUGUUCUGGAGACUUGGAGGGAGUUCGUGAAGAAAAGAUGGAAUCCCGAAGCUCGGUUCCUCAACCUCGAGUCUAUGGGAGAGGACGAGUUACUGAAGAAGCAUCAUCUUUCACCACCUGGCUCGGGCGGUUCCGUUAGGGAUGCCGCAGUCAUCUUUAAGAUGGCCUCGCAGCUGAAACCGGAAGUGCAAACAAUAUCUCUCGCCAACAACUACAUAACCGGCGGAAUGCUGGCAGCUAUGCCCCGAUACCUUCCACGGUUGGCCAAUCUGUCGUUAGCGAAUAACAAGAUAAGGACGCCCAAAGACCUAGACUCUAUCACGUCAAAGAAAGGGCGGUUGGAGUACCUACGCGAGUUGAUAUUGGUUGGCAAUCCUGUGCGCGAGGAGGAGGUGAAGCUAGGGCAGUUAGACCGAUACAGGACUGAAAUGACACGGCGAUUCCCCUCGCUGGAGAUUCUCGAUUCCGAACCUGUCACACAAAUAGGCUUUGACGUUCCACAACCAUCUAUGGCCAACACUGUGGUUCCGAAACCGUCUUCCACUACCUUCCCUGUUGAGAUGCAACCAUCGUUUAUCACCGGCGUCGACGGCGCCAUGGUCAGCAACUUUCUCAUGCGUUUCUUUACAACUUUCGAUAAUCAACGAGGUACCCUCGUCAAUGCAUAUCAUUCCUCUUCGACAUUCUCGUACUCAAUCAACACGUCAAUUCCUCAACGGGCGCGUAUAGCUGGCUUACACACGUCUCGCGACCUGCCAAACCAACGAAAAUUGGACUGGAAACCGUGGAUACAGGGCGGGGAAGGAGGUUCUCGCAAUCUAAGCCGAGGGUUCGUACUAGACAAACAGUACAACAGCCUCCACUUCGGUGGGGAAGCCGCCGUUAAAUCGAUGAUAGCUCUUCCUGGCACAAAACAUGACAUUGGUGGACCUCCAGAGAAGUUCUGUGUAGAUUCGUUCCCCGUUCCACACGGAGACUCUAUAGGGUUAUUGUUAGUUGUCCACGGCGAAUUCGUCGAAGUCGGAGUGGAUGGAAUUCGGUCCUUCGAUCGGUCAUUUAUCCUUGCUCCAGCACCAGAAGGCUCGGCUGCAAAGACCCACGGUUGGGAUGUUGUUAUACUGUCCGACCAAUGGAUCGUCCGGCACUAUUCGACAUGUGAUGCUUGGAAGCCUGGGCCGAUGAAGGUGCAAGCUAGCGACCCAAAGGGGUCUACGCCAGCCGGUCAACAGCCAGCGUUGACACUUCCACCAGACCAACUUGCCUUGCUUCAGACGAUUCCGGAGUUCCAACAGCCUCUCGCGCUGCAAGUGUGUCAGCGGACUUCGCUGAACGUCAAGUUCGCGGUGGAUUGCUUGACUGGGAAUGGUUGGGAUAUUGAGAGGGCGGUGGCUAAUUUCAACGAGGUCAAGGGUACGCUCGGCAGGGAGGCAUUCCUGUAA